UCUACAACCACAUAAUCCCAUCCACAAACCUACAAUUUUAUAGAUUUUCGAGGAAAAACCCAACAAAAUUCUGAAGGGGUUUCAAUAAAGAUUGAGUUUUUACAGAUAAGUUUUCUCUGUCACCACCAUAUUUCUCUAUCACCAUAUUUUUGUCAUAAAACCUUGUUUCUAGCUGAAUAAAGGUUGCACCUUUAUCUUCAUUUCUAAGCAAAUCUUGAAUUGCGUGUUGGUUAAGGGAGAGCUUCUUGCUUUUUCCCCCUUGCUACUUUUUUCUUUUCCAUUUGUGGGAUUUUGGAGGAUUUGUCUCUGGUUGUCUUGAUACAUAUUUGGGGAUUGAUUUCAAUUUCUGUAUUCUAGAAUCUUUCUUGAUUGGAGCUAGUUAAUCAGUUGGCUUUGGGAAUAAACUUUGUUCAAACAUUUAUUUCCAUUUCAAGAUUUUGGUAGUUUGGAAUUGAUAUUGGGAUUUAGCAAUGGGGAAACAUGGUGGGAAGAAGAAAAGUUCUAGUGGGCAGAAAUCAGGUGAAUCAAAUAGUACUAAGCAAAGAAAAGGCAGUGAGGGUAGCCAGAGGGCUUAUGAUAAGGACACAGCCAUGUUCAUUUUGAUGUCUCAGGAAUUGAAGGAAGAGGGCAAUAGGUUGUUUCAGAAAAGGGAUUAUGAGGGUGCUAUGUUGAGCUAUGAGAAAGGGAUAAAGUUGCUUCCUAGGAAUCACAUAGACGUUGCGUAUCUGAGGAGCAAUAUGGCCGCGUGCUAUAUGCAGUUGGGAAUAAGUGAGUAUCCGAUGGCGAUUCGUGAGUGCAAUCUGGCUCUUGAAGUCUCCCCGAGAUACAGCAAGGCGCUGUUGAAGAGGGCUAGGUGUUAUGAGGGACUGAACAAGCUAGAUUUGGCGCGUAGAGAUGUUGGAGCGGUGCUGAAGAUGGAGCCGAACAAUCUCAUGGCGAUUGAGAUCAUGGAGAGGGUUGAAAUGACAAUUGAGAGUCAAGGGUCUAGAGAGCUUGAGGUUCCUGUGGAUUUGGUGGUUCCGUUGCCUGAGUAUUUGGAGCCAGCGCCUUUGGCACAGACCAAGGCGAGGAAAAAGAAAAGUGCCAAUGUGAAGGUGGAGAGAAUCAAUGGCAAUGCAGAGGAGAAUGUGGAGGAGAAGAUAGUCGAUGGAAAUGGAGAGAAGAAUGUCAAAGGAAACGUAGAGGAGAGCGUGAAGGAGAAGAAAGUUGAUGGCAAUGUGGAGGGAAAUGCGAAGGAGGAGAAAGCCAAUGGCAAUGUAGGGGGAAGUAAGGAUGCUACUAAAACAAGAAAGGAGAAGAAAACGAAGAGAAAAGUGAGUGAAAAGAGAGUUGAUGUUGAUGUUGUGAUGAGUAAGGCUGAUGAUCCAACCGAGGAAAGGAAAACUGAAGACAAAUUGGUGGUGGUGGAGGAAGAUAAAUAUACAAAUGGUGCAGUGGAUGAGCCUACAAGAACGGUGAAAUUAGUGUUCGGGGAAGACAUAAGAUGGGCUCAGAUUCCUCUCAACUGCGAUGUUUUGCAACUGAGAGAGGUCAUUGUUGAUCGCUUUCCUAGCUCGAAGGCUGUUCUUGUGAAGUAUAGGGAUCAAGAAGGCGAUUUGGUUACCAUCACUUCGACAGAAGAACUGAGGAUGGCUGAGGCUUCUACUAUAAAUGGCUCUGUGAAGUUGUACAUAGUCGAAGUUAAUCCGGAUCAAGAUCCAUUGCUUAAAGGGUUUAGGAGGGAUGAAUCAACAGACAAUCUUGACAUGAAAAAUGUUACUGAAAAUGGGAAGGGAGUGAGGACUGAGUCGGCUUGUAUCAGUGAUUGGAUCAUACAGUUUGCUCAGUUGUUCAAGGACCAUGUCGGAUUUGAUGUUGAAACUUAUCUUGAUCUCCAUCAGGUUGGGAUGAAGCUCUAUUCGGAUGCCAUGGAAGAGACAGUUACUAGUGAAGAAGCUCAGGACCUUUUCUCGGGUGCUGCGGAUAAAUUCCAGGAAAUGGCAGCCUUAGCGCUGUUCAACUGGGGUAAUGUCCACAUGUCCCGAGCGAGAAAGAGAGUAUAUUUGAAAGAAGAUGCUUCGAAAGAACGUGUGCUCACGCAGGUCAAGUCUGCCUACGACUGGGCACAGAUGGAGUACGCGAAAGCAGGGAAAAGAUACGAAGAGGCUCUAAAAAUCAAACCAAAUUUCUAUGAAGCCGUUCUAGCUCUCGGGCAGCAAGAGUUUGAGCAGGCUAAACUCUCUUGGUAUUUUGCUGUUGGAACUGGUGUUGAUCUGGAAUCAUGGCCUUCGUCCGAAGUUCUUCAGCUUUACAACAGGGCCGAGGAAAACAUGGAAAAGGGAAUGCAAAUGUGGGAGGCGGAACAGCAAGUUAACGAAUCAUCCCAGCCUAACAAAACCGAGAUUCAGUUGCAAAAUAUGAAGCUCAACAACUUGUUCGAACACGUGUCAGCAGAUGAGGCUGCAGAACAGGCUUCGAACAUCAGGGCUCAGAUACACAUACUGUGGGGCACGAUUCUGUACGAGAGAUCAAUAAUGGAGUUCAAACUAGGACUUCCCGUAUGGCAUGAAUGCCUCGAGGUUGCUGUAGAAAAGUUCGAACUUGCUGGAGCUGCUCCAACUGAUAUUGCUGUUAUGAUAAAGAAUCAUUGUUCCAAUGGAACAGAAGGGGGAUUCAAUAUUGACGAAUUAGUACAGGCGUGGAACGAGAUGUAUGAAGCGAAAAAGUGGCAGAGCAGCAUUCCCUCGUUCCGGUUAGAGCCACUUCUCAGACGGCGAGUUUCAAAAAUUUAUUAUGCCCUUGAAAAUGCAUAGCUGCUUCUGUGGAUGUGUCUGAGAACUAGCACUCUGCGGAUCUUUUGGUUGGAAGGGUUCGCCUUUUUUCGCAUUCUUGGCUUGCAUGUUGUAUCAGCUUCUGCUUCAGAUAUAUCUUCAUCGUGUUGGGACAUACGAUGUUGGUUGCGUUGUUCGUGUAAUUAUAGCAAGAAAAAACAAUCUGCUAUACAUCUGCAGCUGCGGGUGGGCAAGUUGGAUGAGCAGAAAAUCAUUUUUUGUCACUUCUGCUCCAUUGUUAUAACCUCCCUAGCUAGUGCAGCUGACUUCAGAAAGUACAGCAAGAUUUGUUUUUUUUAAGAAUUUUUUAUAGUUAUCGAGUUGCAUAAUUUUAUUUAUUUGUUUGAUGAUGGUAAUUCUGAUUUUGAGGUCAAUUUUUUUGU